ACGGGCGCGGCAAACGGCAAACCGAGUCAAAGGCCAUACAAACAUCGUCCAUAUUUAGGCCGCGGAGAAGGCGCGAUAGUAAAAUCACGAGACACGACGUUUCAUCUGAUCCUCUGUUGUGCCAACUCCAUUAUCAUCGCUCUAGAUUCCCUCACCUCUACUCCUCGUUUCGGUUCCUCCGGGAAGCCUCAGAAUUCUUCUGCAUUGGCCUUCCUACCGAAUCGCGUCGGUAAUUGUUCUGGCACUGCAGAGCAUGGGGAAUCCGUCAUGGCCUUCGGAGGAAGAGAUAAAUGUAGUUAAGAAGGUUGUUUCGGAAAUGUCCAAGAGAAGUACAGAGGACGUUCGAAUAGUCGUCUCUCCGUAUCGAAUUUGUCCAUUGGGAGCUCAUAUUGAUCAUCAGGGUGGGAAUGUUUCGGCAAUGGCGAUAAAUAAGGGUGUGCUCUUAGGAUUUGUUCCGUCUGGCGAUUCUCAGGUUGUACUGCGAUCAGCAGAGUUUAAAGGAGAUGUUAAUUUCAGAGUUGAUGAAAACCAGUAUCCAGACCAAACUAGUAACAAGAAGGAAGGGACAGAGGAAAAUAACUGGGGAAGGUAUGCUAGAGGUGCAGUAUAUGCACUACAAAGAAAAGAACAUUGUCUUUCUCAGGGUAUAAUAGGCUAUGUUUGUGGUUCUGAAGGUCUUGACAGUUCAGGCCUCAGCUCUUCUGCAGCUGUUGGAUUGGCUUACUUGUUAGCGCUGGAAAGUGCCAAUAAUUUAACAAUAUCUCCCACAGAAAAUAUCGAAUACGAUAGGCUAAUUGAAAAUGGAUACUUGGGUCUGAGAAAUGGCAUACUGGACCAAUCAGCAAUAUUACUUUCAAGCUAUGGUUGUCUAUUGCACAUGAACUGCAAGACCAAGGAGUUCGAGCUUAUACGCCCCCUAAAGACGGAAAGCAGUCCAAAAUCUGAUACACCAGAGGGAUACCAAAUUUUAUUAGCAUUGUCAGGAUUGAGGCAGGCUUUGACAAAUAACCCUGGAUAUAAUCACCGUGUUGCAGAGUGUCAAGAGGCUGCAAAAAUUCUUCUGAACGCGUCUGGCAAUUGUGAUGUAGAGCCACUCCUUUGUAACGUUGAGCCGGAAGUUUACGAAGCUCAUAAGUCCAUGUUAGAAACAAACUUGGCAAAAAGAGCAGAGCAUUAUUUCUCAGAAAACGCGCGGGUCUUACAAGGACUCGAAGCUUGGGCUUCAGGAAGGUUGGAAGAGUUUGGAAAGCUCAUUGCGGCUUCUGGUCGAAGUUCAAUUGUAAACUAUGAAUGUGGUUCCGAGCCACUAGUUCAACUAUACGAGAUCCUCUUGAGAGCACCUGGAGUAUAUGGAGCGCGGUUCAGCGGUGCUGGAUUUAGAGGUUGCUGUCUCGCUUUCGUAGACGCCGACCGUGCUGCUGAAGCUGCAGAAUUCGUGCGGACAGAGUAUCUCAAGGUGCAGCCGGAGUUGGCAGGACAGCUAAACCCAGAAACAGCCGUGUGUAUAUGUGAGCCAGGUGAUUGUGCUCAUAUCAUUUGAGUACCUGCUACAGACUACUUCUCCAGUAUCAAUUGGUUUCAUUCUUUCCAUACAUUUUGGUCACUUCUUGUUUGUUUUGUAUCUCUGUCGCUCUAUAUCAUGAUUCAUGACAUCUCACAUACAAUGAUGGGGCAUCUUGUGUAUACCUUUUUUUAACGUUGUACUGUACAUGUAAUAUUCUUUUACCAAUACAAGUGCAUACUUGUAAAUGCACUUUAUUA